AUGGGAGCACCUUCACUGCCUCCAAGCCUGUCCUCCUCCCACUGUCAGGUCUCAUCCGAUCUAGGAACAGUCCUACGAAACUUCUGGACGCUUGAAGAAGUCCCGUCAAUCUCUCCCCUCUCAACGAGCGAACAAGAGUGCGAAAAUCAUUUCGUCGAUAACGUUCGCCGCCAGGCUGACGGCAGAUACGAAGUACGACUUCCGUUCAAGUCGGAUCCAACCUCUCUCGGCGACUCUCGGUCGCUAGCUCUCUCUAUGUUGAUCUCCACUGAGAGAAGAUUAUCCAGAGAUGAUAACUUACGAACCAAGUAUCUUGAAUUUCUAGAAGAAUACGCACAAUUAGGUCAUCUCAGUCCAAGUAAUUCCUCCCCCCCAGCUUACUAUCUACCACAUCAUGGCGUCUUCAAGACCCAUGACGCAAAUGGUAAGCUCAGAGUAGUUUUUAAUGCGUCAUCUCGGACCUCAAGUGGCCUUUCACUGAACGACUGUUUACAUGUAGGCCCUAAACUUCAAUCAGAUUUAGGCAUGGUGCUUUCACGAUGGCGGCUCUUUGAGUUCGCGUUCUGCGCCGAUAUCGUCAAGAUGUUCAGGCAAAUCUCUAUUCACCCAGAUGAUCGCUGCUGGCAGCGUGUCCUAUGGCGUUCCUCGCCCUCGUUAGCAGUAGAGGACUUAGAAUUAAACACCGUCACGUACGGUACUACAUCAGCUCCAUACCUCGCCAUAAGAACACUCCUCAAGCUCGCGGAGGACGAGGAGACUAACUUUCCAUUGGGGGCUAAUGCGCUGCGGCAUUUUUCGUAUGUAGAUGAUCUGUUGGUAGGAGCUUCCUCGCUGUCUGAAGCGUUAGAGUUGCAGAGCCAAGUCACUGCAAUUCUUCAAUCCGGACGUUUCCCCCUGAGUCGGUGGUCGGCUAAUCACCCGGAAUUGUGUCCAAUCUCCGAAACAGGUAUUCGUUGGCACACUCAAACCGAUACGCUCACACUCCGAGCAUUCGAACCUCCUUCCUUGACACCCACUUGGACAAAACGCAGCAUUUUAUCUGAAGUGGCCCGAAUCUUCGAUCCCUUAGGCUGGUUUUCUCCAGUGGUAAUAAAGGCCAAGAUCCUCCUGCAGCAACUCUGGGUUGCGGGAUUAGAUUGGGAUGAACCCGUAUCCGAACAACAUGCAAAUACUUGGCUGAGUUUGCGGGAGUCUAUGGGCCAGCUUGACACCCUCCAUAUCCCUCGUUGGCUGGGCUCUCCAGGUCUUAAAGAAGGCGUCCAUCUUGUAGGAUUUUGCGAUGCAUCCCAGAGCGCAUAUGCAGCCGCCGUUUACAUAGGAAUCGGCGAUCCGUCCAGUUCCAAUGGUCUACGGCUUUUAAUGGCCAAAAGUAAAGUCGCGCCGAUAAAGCCCGUUACGAUUCCACGAUUAGAACUUUGUGGAGCUCUUCUACUAACCAAGCUCCUUCUAGCGAUAAAGCAGGGACUUCAUUUAUCAAAAGUCACGAUUAAGGCUUG